CCUCGUCACUCUCCGUGUGCACGCGUUGGUAUUCGUAUCGAACGUCAGCAGCCCCGAGACCAACACGACACGCGUAGUUUACAAACACACUGCGUCAUCAGCGCUUUUGGUUCGUUUUUUCGGUUGCUGUUUGAUUUCGCGUUGAAAUCAUGGCCGGCUAAGAGUGAGAUACCCGCGAGACACCGGUGAUUUUUGUUCCCGUGGACAGCAGGACGCGAUGACGACCCGUCGCCGUUCGUAGUGUUGAGAAGUUGCGGUGCGUCGUGGAAAACUGCGUCGUUAGGGAUUUCGGUUAGUACGCUUCGCAAAAGUGGAAUAUAUGAACGUGUCCUAUCCGGGGUACAGCCCGCUGUCGAAAAUGAACUUGAACAUGCUCGAGCCGUUGGUCGAGCACGCAGGCGACGGCCUGGAACCGUUGCCCAGGGCAAGGUCCAACACGUGGCCGCUGCCGAGACCCGAGAAUUACGUCGACCCGCCCGAAGACGGCUCCGGUGGCGGCGGCGGCGGCGGCGGCAACGUGGCAACCGCGGGAGCGAACGGGGGCGGCAACAAGUGUCCCGUGCCGGUGCCCGUUUCGGGGGUGCCGGCGAAGAAAAAUUCCAGCCGGAGGAACGCGUGGGGCAACUUGUCGUACGCCGACUUGAUUACCCAGGCGAUCACCACCAGUCCGGACAAACGGCUGACGCUGUCGCAGAUCUACGAGUGGAUGGUGCAGAACGUGCCGUAUUUCAAGGAUAAGGGGGACAGCAACAGUUCGGCAGGUUGGAAGAACUCAAUAAGGCACAACCUGUCCCUCCAUAACCGGUUCAUGAGGGUACAAAACGAAGGUACCGGCAAAUCGUCGUGGUGGAUGAUCAACCCGGAAGCCAAACCCGGCAAGUCGGUUAGACGACGGGCGGCGUCGAUGGAAACUAGCAAAUUUGAAAAAAGACGAGGGAGGGUAAAAAAGAAAGUGGAGGUGAUCAGGAACGGGGGACUACCGGACACCACCCCUAGCCCGAGUUCGUCGGUGUCGGAAAGCCUGGACCUGUUCCCCGACUCGCCCUUGCACAGCGCCGGUGGUUUCCAGCUAAGUCCAGAAUCCAGACCGAGGGCGUAUUCCAACCCGUCCGUAUUUAGCGGCGGCGGUUUUCAACUUAGCCCCGACUUUAGACCGAGAACGUCGUCAAACUCGUCCACCCGUUUGUCGCCGAUACCGUCCGUCGGGGUGGAGCCCGAUUGGAGCGCCCAAUUCGCCGGUACCGCCUUUAGCAACCCCGAAAUCGUCAACGGGGGUAACGCCGCCGGCGCCACCGGCGGCAGUUACUCCCCCGACCAGUUGGCGGGCAAUCUGGAACAGAGGAUGAAACUGCAGAGCGACGCUUACAUGGGGUACCUGAACGGCCAAGCCCAGGCUCAGCCGCCGCCGCCCUACAAUUCGAUAUUCAACGAUCAAUUUCCCGCCAAUCGCGAGUUCCAUCCGCUGACGGGACCGUCGCCGUACGCGUGCACCAUCCACAGGAUGCAGCCCUGCACCUGCAUCCCCAAUUGCAUCAAAGUAGAGAGGAUGUCUCCGACGGACAUGUCACCCUCUUACCCCCACUCGGAACCGUCCCCCGAUCCGCUCAGUUCGCACCAGUAUCUGGUGAACAGGAUGCCACGGCCUCCGUCUAGCAGUCCUCCGCUGACUCCCCAAUCGCAGGGCACCCCGUCGACGAUGAUGGGCCAAUUCAUCGGCGCGUUGAACAGCAACGACGACCUGAACAUCAACGUAGACACGUUUCAGGGCGGAUUCGAUUGCAACGUAGAGGAAAUAAUCAGAAACGAACUCACAAUGGAAGGUAGUUUGGACUUUAACUUCACGGGUCAACAUCAGGGAAUGGCGCAACAGGCCGCGGAUACGACGAUCACAAGUCAGACGGCGCCGCCGCCCGCCUACUCGCAAACGGUCGUCACGACCCCCUCGUGGGUCCACUAACACCCUUCUCGACGGCACGCAG